AUGAUUCAGAUUCCAAGAAGCCAUUUGGUGUUUCUUGUUUUGCUGCUUUCUGCUGCUAUCAUAGCAGAGGCAGCCAACAACAAGAAGGAUACGGUAACUUGCUUCAAUCACGGGAGCCCGUGUUUCCUCCAGUACGCCGCCUGUCCACAAGAAUGCCCAUCAAGAACAUCUCCUACCAAUGGCAAAAUUUGUUCUAUCAACUGUGAUUCACCACUGUGCUCGGCCGAAUGCAAAACACAGAUACCAAAUUGUAAUGGCAAGGGAGCAGCAUGCCAGGAUCCCCGCUUCAUUGGUGGAGAUGGGAGAGUUUUCUACUUCCAUGGCGAAAGAAAUGGCCACUUCACCUUGGUUUCGGACCCUAAUCUCCAGAUUAACGCCCGCUUCAUUGGUUUAAGGCCGGCUGGCAGACCAAGAGACUAUACCUGGAUCCAAGCGCUGGGGGUUCUUUUCGACUCCCACUCUUUCUCUGUUGAGGCUAUCAAAUCAGCAACAUGGAAUGAUGAGGAAGAGCACCUCAAGUUCUCCUAUGAUGGAAUGGAGCUAGAGGUCGCAGAGGAUUUCCCGUAUGAGUGGGUAUCCGCAGGGUCGUUGAUCAGGAUUCACAGAGCUUCAAAGGCUAGUGCCACUAUCACCAUCCCUGAAUUUGCAGAGAUUUCUGUGAAUGUCAUUCCUGUGACAAAGGAAGAUGACAGGAUCCACAACUAUGGGAUACCUUCUGAUGACUGCUUUGCUCAUUUGGAGGCACAGUUCAGAUUCUUUGGCCUAAAUCCAAAGGUGGAAGGUGUCCUCGGCAAAACUUACAGGCCGGAUUUCGUGAACCCUGCAAAGCCGGGCGUUGCAAUGCCAGUUGUUGGAGGCGAAGACAAGUACAGGACUGCUUCGCUUUUGUCUCCAGAUUGCAAGUACUGUGUGUUCUCUCCACUUAAAACCUUGGUUGAAGAGGAUUCACCAAGCACAGCAUAUGGCACCUUAGAUUGUACAAGCGGUGGCAAUGGAAUAGUUUGCCGCAAGUGA